CGAAAAGUUGUGCAGUGAUGCUUCUUGCUGGCGGACAUGUUGGAUUUUGCGAUCGAGCGAACGGCGGAACAGUUUUCGAAUUCGAGUCGAGCUCCUGCAGUAGGGCUAAAAAAUCGGUGAUUUAAUUCGCGUCCUGGUCCAAUUUCGACGGUUAGGAUUUCAGGAUUCCCGGUGCGGUCGGAAGUUAGUGCGGAAAUAACGGUGGAACGGAUUUAUUUACGGCGGAAAAAAGUGUUUCAAUCCGGCUUGGUUAUUUUUCGGUGUCGCGACGAGGAUUCUUCAGUGUUUUCUUGUUUUUCUAGAAAGUUUUUUUUUUGGUCUGAGCGAAACUGGAAGAAUGAAAAUAGUGAAAGCUUAGUGAAUUUCAAUAUUGAUUCGGGAAGACAGUGAUUGUGUGAAAGAUUUUUAAUGUGAACAAAUAUUUGACAGCUGCAUUCUACCACAUCUAAAGUGACAAACCUGUGAAACAGAAAUGACGCGCAUAACGGAAACCAAGUCCGUUAAGGUGGACAACUGGGGUGUCUUUUUCCUGCAGAAGUUGCAAAACUUCUUCAAUAAGACCGAUCACUGCGACCUGACGUUGCAGUUCAAUGACAACUCGCAGCUUAAAGUCCACCGGCUGGUACUGAGUGCUUGCACCGACUAUUUCAACAUGCUGGAGAACACGUGCGAAAUGUACGACGAUGUGCUGAUCAUGCCACUGGAUCUGCAGGCGGAUGUGAUUGUGCCAAUUGUGAACUUCAUGUACACAGGGACGCUGGAGUUUCAGUACAACAUGUACGAAAAACUGCUGAAAACAGCACGAGAUAUGAAUAUGACCGUGCUAUUGAAGCUGUUGGAAGCGCAUAAGCAGACCACCAGAAUGGUACAAGGUGGAAGGCAACCGAUCGUGCUGAACAAGCAAGCUCCAAAUGCAAGACCCCGUUCUACCGCACAAAGUGGGGUAACUUAUCAAAUGCCAGCAUCCGUAGCACGAAGCUAUGGAUCGGUAAAACAAACUACACAAACGAGAAUGGCCCAGCGACCUAUGCAAGGCACUAAAGUUAAUACUGCACUUGCCACAAUAGCUUCAGGCUAUACUGCAAACAAGAGCAUGAGCGUUCCUGAGCCCAGAACUCUGGUUCAAAAGUAUGGAGCAGCAAAGGAAAGUCAACCGGGCCCCUCUAGAUUUGACGAAACUGGUGUCUCGGAAACAUUGGAAGGAGCAUUUGAUGAUAUCUCGUACGAAAGCAAACCUUUGGUGACGGCUGACCAAAUCAAAAAGGAAGAAGAAACAUCUCCUUUCGAGAAACUGCGAAAAGGAUACACCAAUGUAAGUGUUACAAAACGACCAGCGCCAGCUAGCUUUUCUACGCCUGUUGCGAAGAAACCCAAUCUUGAAGAGGUUAAAGAAUUCACGGAAGCCGCUAGACUGCGAAGCCAGAUUGCGGCCGAAGAUGAUGAUUCGCCAGGUUUUGCUGACGAUACUCACUUUGAUGAAGAAGAAGAAGAAGCGCAGCAACCGCAGCGACCCCAACAGCUUCCGACGAAGGCCAGUCCCCACACUCCAAAACAAAUCGUCAUCAAACAAGAGCAGAAAAGUUCACCAGGCUCUUCCGCAACUGUUAAACAAAUUACCGUCAAAGAUGAAUCCGGAAAUGUAGAUCAUGCAAAGAUCAUAAGUGAGGUACUGAAAAAGUAUCCACAUCUAGUGAAGAAAAACAAGAACAUCAAAUUGAAGAUCAUGCAAAAAACAUCUCCUGCACAGUCGUCCUCUGGGCAGCAAGGUCAUCAUGCAGGUCCGAUGAAAAUGGAAGUUCGUACGGCAACACCCUUGAAGGCAGACAUUUCAAUGGUUCGCAAAGCAACUGAGCAAGUGGCCCGUGCUCCGGCACCUGUUGCCACUUCCACGCCGGGUCCGAAAAAGAUUGAUGCUAAAACCAUGCAUGCAUUGAUCGCAAAGGGAGCGGAAAACAUGACCGGCCCUUGGCUGUGUCUACGUUGCGGCAUCGAUGGACGACCCAUCAGUAUUCCCAGUUACAAAGCCUUCCGCAAUCACUUGAUCGUUAAGCACAAAGAGAAGAUCGACGCACGCAUUUGCGAACAUUGUGGCUGGAAGGCCGAGCAACGCAAUCCCAAUCUUUUCUACCAUUGGCUGACGGAACACAAUAUCAAAUCUACUAUGAAAUUCCCCACUUGUGCGGAAUGUGGCCAUGUAGCAAUGAAUACAGCUGCUCUGCAGAAGCACGAGGAAGAAAACCAUCAGAGGGGCGAUCUACAGCAGUGCAUUUAUUGCAACAAAGUUUUCGCCAAGGAAAUGGACCUUUACGAACACAUGAAGAGCUUGCACAAACAAAGGGCACGCGAAGAUGGUGUCAUCGAUUUCUCGGACGAUGAAUACCACGUUCAAGAGGAUGAAGAAGUUUCUGGCACUCCAAACACGAGCCAGGAAAAGCAGAUUAAGGUUCUCUCCAACAUAAGUAUCACGAACAAUGCCGGAAUUCCGUUUGUCAUUGACCACAGGCAGGCGCAAACGGUGUCCCAAAUAGGAGGCAAACCGCAGAUCCAGUUGCAACAAAUUACACUUGAACCAUCGUCGGAAGCGGAAGCACUCAGUAAUGUGGCAUCCGGAAUUGCUACCAGCUUAGGAUUGGUAGACAGUGCCAACGUCGUUAUCGAAGAUCAUCACUUCCAGGGCCAAUACAUCGAGCACCAGAUGGCAACGGUUCAUGGCGAAACGGGGACGACAAACACGGUGACGGCCACCGGGCCGGAUCAGCUGACCAAGCUGAUUACCGAAGAUGGCACGGAGCUGCAGUUGACACAGAGCCAGAAGGAGGAAAUUUUCUCGCAGCUGCAGAACAGCGGAAACGGGCCGGAUCAGCUGACCAAGCUGAUUACCGAAGAUGGCACGGAGCUGCAGUUGACACAGAGCCAGAAGGAGGAAAUUUUCUCGCAGCUGCAGAACAGCGGAAACGGUGGCAAUGUGGUGAUGGUGCUGAACGACGAUAACUUCAUAGGCGGUGCUGGAAUACAGUUGGAGGAUGGCACUCAUCUAAUUUCAACCGCUCCAUCGGGCGCACAGGAUCAGAACAUCGUUGUAAUGUACACCCAAGCGGAGCAGGACCAAGGCACACACAGUUUAAUCACAACUACGGCACCAGUGACGACAACCGUAGUCGAAAACGCCCCCAGUGAACAAAUGGAACAUCACGAAGAAGUGCAGGAAGCAACAAAGUCCGCAGCUGUUACCGACCAUGAAGACGAAACUUCUCAAGCAUCUACGCAACCCUCGGAGAAAGCAUCGGAAAAGGACACCGAGCACAUGGAGGUUGAUCCCGAGAGCAGCCAGCAUGAGACUGAUUUGAGUGAAUCAGCCGAUGUCGACGACUCUAAACAUGCAGAAUAUGAAGAGGAGCAGAAGGCUGCCAAGGAACGUGAGAAACAAAAAUUAAUAUCUGAGCUCGAAGGCGAUUGGUCUGAGGAUACGGAGGAACAACCAACUGCUGCAGAACAAAAAGAAGAAACGAAGAAAUCAUCGCCACCACCAGAAAGCACUGAGACAUCAACAAAAAUUACAGGAAAGGAAGCAGCUAGCAAGAAAGAAACAGUCGCUGAAUCAGAAGCAGUCACAGAAAAGCCAAGUGAGAAGGAAAUCAAUCAACUGUUGGACGAUUGGAACAGUGAAAGCAAACUGACCGGGGCAGAAUCGGACGUUGAUCUGGAGAAAAAACUGGAAAAAGUCGUCGGCGAAAAGGGUGCGAAAGAUCUGAAAGAGUCGGAAGAAGAGACUCCCAUGGAGACUUCAGCGACCGAAGACAAAACGGCUGACACUGCAGAGAGCAGUAUGAAUGAAAGCGAAACACAGGUGGUGAUAUUGGCAGCGGCAGAAAGCGAAACUGAUACCUCGAUGAAAGAAGAUGCGGAUAAAAGUCAGGAGAGCCAAGAGGAGGAAUACCCUGCUUCCGAGUCCGAAGAAAAGUCGAAAGUAGAGAGUAAAAAGGAUGCUACUGAAGAAGAACAAGAGGAAUCAAAAGAAGAUGAAGAAGACAAAACGAAAUCGAAGGAAGUUGUCAGUUCCUUGCUUGGCGAUUGGGACGAAGAUGAUGAUCUGUAGAGAGUUGUUAUAUUCUAGUAGAAUAACAGAAAUACAAUAUAAAGUGACUUUUUAGAUGAAAAAGUUUAAUGUGCUAAUAUUAACUGUAGCAUACAAAGUUUAACACGAAUCGGUAAUAGCAUUACACUGUUACUAAUUUUAUAGAUCAAGUUUUAUGUCAUACAAGCAAUGUAAAACAAUCUUCUUUUCAGAACCUUUUCAAAUGACUUUUCACUAACCAGUGUUCUCUCCUUAGAAGGCAUUUUAUUAGAUUCGAUACUUGAAAUAAUAAAUAGUGUUUUUGCUAAUUUUCAUUAUUUUCAAAUUGUCGAUUCGGUUUUAUGGCAGGGAUAAAAGCCUACUGAGGCAAACCCAUCUGCAUAAAACAUCGCACUAAAAUGCCCUCUACCGACAGAACCGAUUUUAUUUUCUUUGGUUGGCGCCCUUGAUGUGUUACGCAGCCACUUUACAUACUCACUAAUCACUAUCAAAUUUUGGCUUGAAGGUACAUUUGGGGACCAAUGUUCCCAAGUGUUUCUUUGAUUGCAAAAAAAAAAAACUUCACAACUUUAUAAUUUUAAAUCAAAUUUGAUAAGUUUUUUUUUAGUUUAAGCGAUCCUGGAAGUACUAAAUAUUUACAUUUUCGUGUCGUUAGGGUGUAAGAUGAAAAUAAUAAAAUGGACCACUUUGUGAAUUGGUUGAAAACGUUUCAUUUGUUUAAGAGAUGAUUCUCGUAAAAAUGUAUAAUGUAGAAAUAUGAUGAAGAAAUAAACAUUUACUGACUGUAAA